UCUCCGUCAUGCGCUGCGACUACCAGGCGGUGGCGCCACAAGCAGGUCGGCUCUGCUCCUCCUCGCGCUCCUCCUCUCCUGAUCUCCCCAAGACAUCGUCAUCCCGUGCCCUGGCCCUCCUCCUCUCCUCCUCUCUCGCUCUCCUCCUCGUCAUAGCUGUGGUCCUGAUGCUUGACGAGCCGUCGACUUCAUUGGAGCAACAGCAGGCAAACAGCCCCCUUCUGAAUCGGAUGGAAGGGAUGCGGACAAAUCCCUACGUGAACGACGAGGCGUCGGGCUCGGAGCACUGGGGAGGAGUAGGCAGUGAAGGUUAUGGAACUCCUGCAUGGGACGGGACGGGAUGGAACGCAAACUACCACCCUAGAGAUCGGGCAAGCAUGGACUCGGAGUCGAUGGAGCCGUGGUACUGGAGGAAGGGCCCUAGAGUGAACGACGAGUACACUGGGCAUGUGGCGGACGGGGAUCCUCUCUUCUCUCCUCCUGAUGGCUGGGAGCCACCCUAUGAGCUGAAGUAGAGCAGGAGCGGGGCUGGAGGAGAGCUGGAGUGUUGAGCAGCGGAAGGUUUUCAGAUGGAGGGCCGUUGAAGUGUAGAUGUAGCAGGCGGUGGAGGAGUGCGCGG